AUGACCUAUGCCCUAGAGUUCCGCACCAUAGCAGAAGGGAGCAGUUGCAAUGAACCUGUUCUCAGAACUCAGUUCUGCUGUGGUCUCUCCAAGGAACAGCAGCUUGAACUAACCUGCCGGGAUGCUGCACCACACAUUCUACAGCAGAGUCCUGAGGUUCCUGAACCCAUGCAGCCAGGCAGAGUACCCUCACCCCAGCAGGAACAGCCCAUCUACACCAUGAAACUCCAGUCAGCUAAAAGGAUUUACAACAUGGAUAAAGGAAAGUGCGUGAUGGACAUGAAACAAAAUUGGAUCACAGGAAACAUUUCUCUUUGUUAUGAACAUCAUCCUAACUCAUGUCAGAAGGUCAUUUAUCCACUGGCUAUGAGAGUCGUGAUUUACUUUAUCAUCAGUGUUGUUAUACUUCUUACAUUAGUUGGAAACCUUCUUGUCAUCAUAGCCAUCAUUCAUUUUAAGCAGCUCCACACUCCAACUAACUACUUCACUCUCUCUCUGGCUGUAACUGAUCUGCUUGUAGGAGGGGUUGUGAUGCCUCCCAGUAUGUUACGCUCUAUAGAGACCUGCUGGUAUUUGGGGACAUUAUUCUGUAAAAUACACAGCAGUCUUGAUGCUAUAUUGUGUACUGCCUCUGUUUUCAAUCUAUCAUUUAUCUCUGUUGAACGCUAUUAUGCAGUGUGUUACCCCCUGCUGUACCACAAAAUAAUCACUCCGCUUACUACACUGUUGAUGAUCGUUGUUUGCUGGAGCUAUUCGGUUUCAGUGGGAAUUAUUGUCAUCUACCUCAGUGCUGUAGGUAUUGAACAUUAUGGUGAUGUUAUAUGUGAGGGGGGCUGUACAUUAGUUAUAGGGCCCGUGACAGCUUUGAUAGUGUCUUUGUUCUCUUUUUACAUCCCCUCUGUUAUCAUGAUGAGCAUAUAUAUGAAAAUAUAUGUUGUUGCACAGAGACAGUCACGUUUAGUCCACAACACUCUCUGUCAACUAAACACAUCCAGAGGGCAGCCCACUGUUAGUAAGGCAGAGAGAAAAGCCACUAAAACACUGGCUGUUGUUAUGGGAGUGUUUCUAUCAUUCUGGACACCAUUUUCUCUCUACAGUACAACUGUGGCUUUUUCUUGUUUUAGUGCUCCACCACAGCUGUAUGAAGUGUUUGGUUGGAUUGGUUAUUCAAAUUCACUAUGUAAUCCUAUUGUGUAUGCUUUCUUCUAUAGCUGGUUUAGAAAGGCUCUCAAAGUUAUUUUAUCAGGGAAAAUAUUCAAGAAACGUUCCUCAAGACUAAAGCUAUGUCCUGAGUAG